AUGAAAAUACCUCUAUUAUUAUUAUUAUUACUGAUAUCCCAAGUACUUGGAUCACAAACAAUCAUUGAAGUGCUUUCUAAGGAAGAAAGAUUUUCUACACUUUUAAAACACCUGGAAGAGCUAAAGCUAGUAUCUUUUGUGAAUGAUCUUAGAUCUGGAACUGUGUUUGCUCCGGAUAAUGAUGCAUUUGAGAAAUACAAAGCCGAUAUAGCCAACUCAACUAUUUUAUACCAUUUUAUCAAAAAGGGUAUCAAAACAGACGAAUUCUAUAACGGGCAGCUGAAAGAAACCCUUUUGGAAGGAGGUCCCGACGAUGGUGGUCAACGCAUCAAAGUGACAAAAUCCAACAAGAUUUUCAUCAACGAGGCAAAGAUCAUAUCGUCUGACAUUCAAGUGAACAACGAAACCUACAUACAAGUUUUAGAUAGAGUGUUGGAACCACCCGCUUCGAUAGGAGCUUCAAUUAAGAUGAGAAACAAAGUCAUGUAUGACCUCAUGGCAUCUGCAGAAAUAAGUGAUCUUUUAGAGAAGAAAAGACCAUUUACGGUAUUUUUGUCAACAACAGAGACACCUUUUGAAAAUUACAAUUCUGUCGAGUCGAAUUAUUUAAAGUCUAAAUAUGGUCGAGAUGAUCUGGCAGUUUAUUUCAAUUAUACGAUUAUCGACAAAGUAAUCUAUAUGGAUGAAUUCAAAUCUGGAAAGACGACAUUUAAAUCACUCUCGGGGGAUUCAUUAGUAAUUACAUCGAAUAAGGAAAAGAUGACUGUCAAUGACAUUCCUAUCACUCAGUCUGAUAUCAUUGCUUCUAAUGGAGUCAUCCAUGAAAUCGAGCAUCCAAUGAAGCACGACGCUAUUCAUUUCAAUACAAGAAAAUACAUGUAUGGAUACAAUGCUACUCAAAUGGUAGAAUGGUUUGAUCAAUAUGACCUUGGUAAUUACCUGGAUCAGCAAGAGCUUAAUUACACUUUUUUGGUGCCCCCUUGUGACUCAAUGAACGCAUCAAUGAUAUCAAAAGCUUGGCUCAGCUAUCAUAUUGUCAAUGGUUCUUGGCCCCAAGCAAAUUUAAAAGAUGACAUGUUAUUAACAACACAAUUCAAGUCACAUGAUCUUGGCGGAAAACAACAAAAAUUACCUGUGUCUGUUGAAACAGAUCAUUUAUAUUCGUCAUCAAUACAAUUCGAUCAUGCCAGAGUGAUUGGUGAUGAAGUAAAUAUUCAUGACGACAUUAUUUAUCAGAUAACGGAACCCCUUUCACUUCCAGGAGACAUUUUAGGAAAAUUAGUGUUAGAUCUGGAUUUAUCCACAUUCAUUGCAACACUUUAUGUAUCUGAAGUAGUAGACGAAAUCAAAGAAACAAAUGGACUGACGUUAUUUGUACCGACCAAUGAAGCCUUUCAGAAAUUAGGGUUGGUAGCACAAUACCUUGUACACCCCACCGCCAAAACUGAACUUCAAACAGUGCUUAGAUACCAUGCAGUAGCCAAUUCAUUACUGUAUUAUGAUGAUAUGAGGGAUUCCGUACAUGAGCUUGUGACACUAGCAAAUUCAACACUCCGUAUCAGCCAAAAUGAGUCUGGGUCCAUUUUUGUUGGUAGACCAGAAGGCAACGAAGGCGUGAUAACCCACACUGAUACUUUAGUGUCCAAUGGCGUUGUCCAUAAAAUAUCUCAGGUACAAAUUCCAAACCAAGUGAGGAUCACAAAUAGCAAUCUACUUGUCGGCAUCGAAUCAAAUACCAUGAUCCAAAUCUUGGAAAAGGCAAAUCUAAAGGAUUUGAUUGACCGUGACAAUAUCGUGGUUUUGGCUCCUUCCGAUAAAGCAUUCUCUAAAAUUGACCUGGACGAUCUUUUUGAAAAUCAAGACCAAUUGGAGAGGUUGGCAAAGUUACAUAUUAUACCAAGAGAGUGGCAAGAUAGAUGGAUCGAAGAAUCAUCGAAUUUGCGUGAUAAGAGCGAAUACCCGACUCUACUUUCAGAUGAUGACAAGGUAACCAUUCGAGAAAAUGAAAAGGGUGAACUUUCGAUUGAGGUUAAAAAUGGUCGAGAAAGCGAUAGGGCACAUGUGACUGGUCUGGGACGUGUGUCAGCUGGGGGAGGUGUCAUUGCCAUUGAUAGUGUGCUUAUUCCAAUCAAAAGAGGAUUCUUUGGGCUUCCUUGGAUGUGGUCAGUGAUUGUUACUUUGAUCAUUGUCAUCAUCACUAGUGGUGUAUUAAGCAUCAUCGGUUUCUUUGGAUAUAAAAUAUAUAACCGAAGAAGAUUGGGUUACAGACCGAUUUUUUAAAUAUCUGUAAAUCUCCUCCUCUCUUGUGUACAUACUUCUGAAAUAAAUUUGUUUAACUAUACCAAAGCAUAAAGCCCUACUUUUUAAUCAGUCAGCAAAGUAAUUUAAUAGUAUAUCUGGUAUGUCGGCCUUCAACUGUGUAUCAUCAAAAAUAAACUAGAGAAAACUCAGGCUUUGUACUGACAUGCUAUGUAGUUUAAACGACUGGCUCUUUGUGCUAUUGUAAGAAACUAAAAACGUUCAAGAUUUUUAAGUUAUUUUUUAGGUUAUUAUGAAGAGAAUGCACUGGUUUAUCAAUUUAGUAUUUGCUUGAGCUUUCCC